AUGGCGGCGGCCGAGCUGACGGACCCGGCGCAGCUAGUACGGUGGGGUGGGAAGGACGUUACAGGCAGAGGAGCCAGCAUGUGCAAAGGCGUGGAGGUGCGACACAGCCGGAGCAUUCGGGAAACCUGGGCCCUUCGAUGUCUGAAGGAAUCAGAGAGUUCCCAUGAACUCAGAAGUGAUUAUGGACCCUAUACAGGAGAGAGCAGACACCUGUGGCACCUGGUCCUGGCAUUUCCUCGAAUUGAGGAAUUAGGUAGGAAGGAAUGCAGGAGGGGACUCUGGCGGGGCACAGAUGGGUAUCCUUGGAAGAGAGGCUGUUCAUGGACUUGGCUCUCCCCACUGUGGCAGGGGCAGGUGAACUUUGAGGAUGUGUUCGUGUACUUCUCCCAAGAGGAGUGGGGGCUCCUUGAUGAGACUCAGAGGCUCCUAUACCAUGAUGUGAUGCUGGAGAACUUCGCACUUAUGACCUCGCUGGGAAAUGCAUCUUCCAUGUCCCAUGAGGUUGCCCCACUGGAGCAGGGCAGUGACCUCUGGGUACCUGACUGGGUGGACUUGACUCCAGCCAUGACCAGAGAGGCCCAGGGUGGGUGUGGCCCUGGUUGUUGGCAUGGAAUGGAGGAUGAGGAGAUACCUUUGGAACAGAGCAUUUCUGUAGGAGUGUCACAGGUCAGGACUCCCAAGGAAGGCCCUUCUACCCAGAAGGCCCACCUCUGUGAGACAUGUGGCCCAGUCUUGAAAGACAUUUUGCAUUUGGCUGAGCACCAGGAAGCAAACCCUGGGCAGAAACCAUACAUGUGUGUGGCAUGUGGGAAACAAUUCUGGUUCAAUGCAAACCUUCACCACCAGAAGCAGCGCAGUGGAGAGAAACUCUUCAGAGGGGAUGAGGGCGGGGCAUUUCUUGUGAACAGCUGCCUUCUCCAACCAUUGGAGUUGCCUUUUAUGACAGGGGAGGGUUAUAAGGACUUCCCAACUAGCUCAAACGUUUUCCAGCACCAUACUCCUCACAGUAAGUGGAAGCCACGCAGUAACACCAAGUGUGCGGAGGCCUGUCACAGGGGACAAAGGCAUUAUGAAUGUAAUGAAUGUGGGAAAACCUUCAGCCGCAAAGACUCGCUUAUUCAGCACCAGAGAGUCCACACUGGAGAAAGGCCUUAUGAGUGCAGCGAAUGUGGGAAAGCCUUCAGCCGCAAACCCAUACUUGCUCAGCACCAGAGAAUCCACACUGGAGAAAUGCCUUACGAGUGUGGCAUCUGUGGGAAAGUUUUUAAUCACAGCUCCAACCUUAUUGUACACCAGAGAGUCCACACUGGAGCGAGGCCUUACAAGUGCAGUGAAUGCGGGAAAGCUUACAGCCACAAAUCUACACUCGUUCAGCAUGAGAGUAUCCACACUGGAGAAAGGCCUUAUGAGUGCAGCGAAUGUGGGAAAUACUUUGGUCACAAAUAUAGACUCAUUAAACAUUGGAGCGUUCACACGGGGGCAAGGCCGUAUGAGUGCAUUGCAUGUGGGAAGUUCUUUAGCCAGAGCUCUGACCUUAUUGCACACCAAAGAGUUCACAACGGUGAAAAGCCUUACGUGUGCAGUGAGUGUGGAAAAGCCUUUAGCCACAAACAUGUGCUUGUUCAGCACCAUAGAAUUCACACUGGAGAAAGGCCAUAUAAGUGCAGUGAAUGUGGGAAGGCUUUCAGGCAAAGGGCUUCCCUCAUCAGACAUUGGAAAGUUCACACUGGAGAAAGGUCUUAGUAUAGCCGGAAAUGUGUCAGCUCCUUGUUCAGUGUAAUGACUGACACCAGAGAGAAGCUCUGAGAGUAGCCUACAUGAGUAGCCAUCAGCUGAAGUUGAACCUCAUACAUUUGAACACCCACCCUGGGGAGAGUCUUCUGAGUGCCAGCCGUGUGGGAAGCUUUCUGGAGCAAUGUUGCACUUUGUAACCUGCCUGGGACGCUUGCCAGAAUUAUAUCACUGACAGCGUCUCUGAAACAAGUCAUCCAUCUACACAACAGCAGGGUCCCACAUUGUGCACAAGUCACCCCAACAUGCUUUGAUAGGCAGACCUCUGUUCCUUUUCCCUUCCCUAGAGGGAAUCAUCAGUAGCCUGAGAAGAUCCUCCUUCCUGCUCCCCCAAGUGGUUUAAGCGUGAACAUGACCCAGUUUGGGCCAGGAGGAUGCAAGCUUUGUUCUGCUGGCUGCUUGCAGAGAAGGUUUCCAUUUUUCAUGGACUCUGUUGGGCUCAUGUGGCACUCAUGAUGGAUUUGUCCAGGCUCCAAAUCACCUAACUUGGGAGUUGUCUGCCUCAUACUGCUCUGCUUUUGCAACAAAUGCCUUAGUUUUUAAACUAUCUUGUAUCUUGGGGAUUCUGUUCACUUUGUGGGUGGGUUGAGAACAGAAUUGUUCUCUGCCAGUGUGAGGGGAUGAACAGCUUUUGUGAGAGCUCCAACUGUUGUGUCUCAGUGGUGUUAGCAGAAAGGCAAUCAAAGAGCAGCUCUCAUUCUAGUUUCAGCCUGACUUGCAUUGCUGCUCAAGGCCUGUGGCCUGUAUGCCGAGAUUGUUUGUGUGACCAACAUCACCCUGAGCGGCAUUUGUUGUGACCACCUGUGGUGUGUCCAAAAGCAGCAUGAAUUGAGUCCCUUGUUCCCAGGGGAUGUUUCAUAUUCUCCAGCCCACUUGAGGAGAACUUGAUCCCCUGGGACCUGCCAACAUCCCUGAAAUCUGUUAUUCGGUAGGCAGAUGUCACUGUCCCCUAAAAGGACCAGGUAGGAAUCAUAAUUGGCACAGACACUGAUUAAUAGAGAUUUGGGAGCCUACAGCCAGCUCUAGGGAAUAUGACUCUUCUAAAGGUGGAUCUGCAAGUGUUUCCAUCACUAUGGCUUUGGUAUGAGGGUUCACAGAACUUCUCAGGACUCCCAUAUUUGCACCUCUCUUAUGGGUACAGUCACUGUCAGAGCAAUCAUCUAACCAUUUUCUGCAAUAAACUGCACAUAUUUACAGUGUA